AUGGCGUCCUCUAUCAGCAAAAAAAGAAAGUUUGUCGCCGAUGGUGUCUUCCGCGCCGAGCUCAAUGAAUUCUUCACUCGUGAACUCGCCGAGGAGGGUUACUCUGGAUGUGAUGUCCGUGUAACUCAUGCUCGUACCGAGAUCAUCAUUCGGGCCACCCACACUCAGGAAGUCUUGGGCGAGAAGGGUCGCCGUAUCCGUGAGCUUACUGCUCUCGUUCAGAAACGGUUCAAGUUCCCAGACAACUCCCUUGAGCUCUAUGCCGAGAAGGUCCAGCACCGUGGUCUCUCCGCCGUCGCUCAGUGUGAAAGUUUGAGGUACAAACUCCUUGGAGGUCUUGCCGUUCGUCGUGCGUGCUAUGGUGUCCUCCGAUUCGUUAUGGAGUCCGGCGCCAAGGGUUGCGAAGUCGUCGUUUCCGGCAAACUUCGUGCUGCUCGUGCCAAAUCUAUGAAGUUCACCGAUGGCUUCAUGAUUCACUCUGGUCAACCUGCUGUUGACUUUGUGGACUUCGCUGUUCGCCAUGUCCUCCUUCGACAGGGUGUACUGGGUAUCAAGGUCAAGAUCAUGAAGAACUGGGAUGCCGAGGGUCACACUGGACCUCGCAAGCCUCUUCCCGACUCUGUUCAAAUCUUGGACCCUCCCGUGGACAAAAUUAUUUCGGAGCCUCAGUCCGAGCAAAGAGAGCCUUUGGCCGUC